AUGUCUAGGCCAACCACACCAAAGAGAAGAAGGCUGCAUCGCUCCUCAGGCGUAUUCAAUAUACUUUCGCAAUCGCCUAAGAUUCAUUACCCAAUAGACCCAGAGAACUUACCUCUUGAGUCCCAAACAAAUACCGAAAAGUUCGAGAAAUUGUCGGAUUCUAUGGAAGAACUAGAAAUGAACAUGACAGGCUUACAGCAGAUCCACGAGUCACUUUGUGGAGAGUUUAACGAGUCCUUUGCUGGUUUUUUAUAUGGUCUUCUGAUGACUAUGUGGUGUGUGCACUUCCCAGGUAAGCCAUCCCGAGAUCAGUGGGAAAAGGUUAAGCUUAUUGAAGGUUUGGACGAAAGAAUCGAUGAGUUGAAAAGAAAAUUGAAAGUCUCCAAGGAGGAAAAUGAGAACUUGAAGAAGAGGCUAAACACCAGGCCGAAUGCUAGUUCAGCUCGCCUGAAGAGGGCAACAUUCGCAGAAGACGAUACGAACGAGUCCUUUGUAUUGAAUCCUUCUACUUCUCUGUCUAAAGUCUCCAAAAUUCCGGUACGAGGAGAUAGGAGGGACAAUGCAGCAUCCGGUAAGGUUGGCCUCAAUGCAGCAGUGGGACCCAAUCUUAACCAGCCUCCUCGUUACAUGCGUGGACUAUUCGACAGUACCAAUACGAGAACACAAAGAAGCAGACCAGACGUCACGCGUAGGACUGCCGGUAGGGAUUCAAGAGUGUUCAGGUGA